UUGCCUUUUAUCAUACUCAAAAUGUAGUUAGUUAAUGGAUCAUUAAUUAAAAUAUUUAUUUCUAUUGUCAGGGUCGUUAGGUAAUGUGACACAUUGUAUUAUCUCAGAGGAAAAAGCGUCAAGGAUGCGUCCGCUCCACCCAUCCGGAUGCUGCGUGAUAAUUAUGUCCCGCUCUAUUUUAGAAUGUUUAAUCGAACCUUUACGACAGUAUGAAAUUUGGAAGUGCCGAACUAUGUGGCUACAGAAAUAUAAUUGUUUCCUAGUGAUCUGUGCAUUUUUGCAGAGUGUUGUCCAUGGCGGCGGUGAGAUAUGCAAGUUUCCUUUUGGCGGGAGUAAUAACGCGAUCUAUCACUGUGAGAAUUUAUCCGAUCUAGAAGUUGUCGACAAGAUUCCGAAAAAUGUUAAAACAAUCCUUUUUGAAGAUUCCAAUCUUCAGCAUAUUCAUGGAUACGCUUUCUUUCGAUUGGGACAAACUUUAAUCACCUUGGAUAUUCAUAAUUCCCAAGUGGCUAGCAUUGAUGCUAAUGCAUUUGCGGGUCUGCGUAAUUUGGAAACUUUGCUUCUCUAUGGAAACGAUUUAAGUUAUGUUUAUGCCGAUUGGUUUACGGAUUUACCAAAUCUACGUACGUUAGAUGUUUCUUUCAAUUCGAUUGUCGGUUUCGAACCGAAUGUGUCUAAAUUCUUACCAAAACUUGAGAACUUCUACUUCGAUGGGAAUAUUAUAGAGUCAAUUGAUACGACCGCUUUUUAUUAUGAUAUGCCUAAACUCAAGAAGGUCAUUAUGGGAAAUAAUCCCUGGAUAUGGUCCUUCCGUGCUCUCUUGAUGCAUAACUUGGAUCUUCGUGGAAUUAAUCAUGAAGAUGAUUGGGAAGAUUGGAAAUGGAUCAAUGCUGUUAUCUGGGAAUGUCAUGACAAAAUUACAUCGGCUCCUAUUAACGAUCAGCUGCUUAACUGUGCAGCAAUGAGACUUCUUACUUCCGUUAAUGAACAUUUGAAAUUUCAAGAUCUAACCUCGUCAUCUGACACUCGUUGUCAUCCUGCUGCGUCAACAUUGAUUAAAUGCUCGAGAAGUAUUUCUUCUAAUAAAACCGACGAAGAAGCUGUGGCAAUGUCUCUGCGGGAAAUCUUUCAUGGUAUCAAAUCGAUGGAAUAUCCUCAAGAUAAAUUUAGGCUUCAGUAAUUCAUACUUUAUGAAUACGGCGUUGAGGCUUUGUGGCGUUUCAAAAAUUUCUCUUGAUCUGUCAAAAGUGUAUUUUGCGAUGAUGACAGUAUUAUUUUCUUAAGUACUCUCUGUAUUUCUGUUAUCUUGUUUAAAAUUAAUCAAUAAAUAUUGCGUAUUGGCCUCUCGAGAUAUGGUUUCGACUCUUGCGACUUUCAAGCACUUCUUGUGUCUUUUUGCGUUUUUACGUAUUUAGCGACUUUGACAGGAUGAGGUAUGCAUAUGAAAAUACUCUCGAGACACGAAGAAUAGAUUCUUUUCGGGAGGUAAGGAGGUUAUCGUGACGUCUUUCGAAAUUGUAUCGUUUAUAAAUAGAGUUAGGAAUUCAUGGUUAUUUACGUGCAGGAUAGAUGGAGACGCCCUUUGACUAUUAUUGCUGUAACGAUUUUAACCGUCUUUAUCGUUGCGUACGCUGCUUUAAUUUUUCUCGUACUCGCCUAUCCCGAUCAGAAGGCGUAAAACACGUAAAUAUUGCGAAUUUCAUAGGAGUGGUUCGAGCACCGUAAGUCAAAAAACAAAAAAUGGUUUUUUGAAAAUUUCAAUUUUCUUAAGGUGCCGAAAUUGUUGGAUGUCUUCGAUUACGAAAAAUUAAAAUCAUAGGCUCAACGGUGCAGCGAUUCUCGUAAUUGUAUUUUUGGUUUAUUCAACCUUGAUUCUUUUUAUAAUUUUAAUCUUAUCAAAAUUAUCAGGUAUCCUGUGCGUUGAUACGAAAAUGUCUGUAAGGAUGCUGAACUUGAAAAGAAUGAAGAGGACUUUGCUUACCGAUCAAUUUUGUGUAAUGAUAGUGUUAUUUUAAAAAAAAAUAUUGUUUCCAUUAAUUUAAUUUCUUUGCCAGUACAAUGCAACAAUGAUGUAUGUAUCUUAGGACUGUCAUGUACAUAAUAAUAGCGCAUUCCUGUCAAAAGGAUCACUUUAAUAAUCAGCAUUGCAAAUAUAUCAUCUACAAUGUUAAUAAUAGGUUAGUUAUUGUAUCGAGUAUGAAAGUUAAUUUUUUGUAAAAACGUACCGACUGAAGUUAGUUCUAUAAUUGAAAUCAAUUAGGCAGGCUAACUUCAGUCGGUACAUUUGGUCUGAAUAGUUACAUAAGAUCCGUAUAAAAUAAGGAUAAUCUUACAGGAAGGAAUUUGUGGAUUCCUCUAUGACGCAAAAGAUUGUGAAAUCAGCUCUCUUGCUAAUGCACGCAUCCUGGAGCUUCGAAAAAAAGCGCAUUAGCGUUUUCUGAAAAUGGGACUAUUUACUUUGUCAAAAAUUUCGAAGAUAAAAAAUCUUAAGAAUUCACUCACCUGACAAUUCUCAAGUAUUCUGCUGUGCUUUGCUCAAUGGUAAUCAAAGUAAUUGGUAUAAUUAUUUGUAUAGUAAUAUUUUUUAUAUCAUCCAGGGCAUCUCAGGGAAAUUGCAAAAGGAAUUGUCUGGUUUCGAUUUCAAUUGGGUUUCAGUUAUUCUUGUAUAGUUAUAUUUUUGAAAACUAUCAAAAAUGUAUAUUGGGGUGUAAAGUUUUGAUUUUUAUUAUCUUUCAUACAGGCCAAUAUAUUUUUUAGUCGAUAAUACAACUAUUGUAAGUUGGAAUAUUGAAAAAAAUAUUCCAAAAAAAUAUACUGUGUGUUUAAUGUG